AGUUAUGCAGCAUGCAGAGCCCUACCAUAGACUGUAGAGCCCUACAGCUCUGUCUACUUGCUAGCAAAACUGUCCCAAAGCGUUAUACGUUUUUUACUUUAAACACCCCCGACGACGUUAUGGAAAAUACUGCGUCAUGAUGGCAGGGGCGCUUUUUGUGUAACAACCGGUGAUUCCCACACAGCACGUGACGACGUCGUGUGGUGUCGUCAGCUUCUCUCGACCCAGUUGUUUAGUCUGAGAGUCCAGAGCCGGAGGAGGAGGAGGGAGAGCGUAUGUUUGAAGCUGCUCUCAAAUAAACACAUUAAAGAUAUUUCUAACAGCCGAAUAAAUCUUCAACCACACCAUGUCCCAGGACAAGAGUGGAUACCCUGUUAUGGGUGAGACCAACCCACUUCAUAACAGUGUCUAUGGUCCCCCGCAGCCAGGUUUUGGUGUGCCCCCGCCCAACUAUAGCCAAGCUCCAGGAGGACCAUACCCACCAGCUGCUGGCUAUGGGCAGCCAGGCUUCCCGCAGGCAGGUCCAGGUUUCGCCCCAGGUCCCUACCCUCAGAUGCCUUACCCGCAAAUGCCCUACCCACAAGGACCCUACCCUCAGGGGCCCUAUCAGCAGCCAGGCUUUGCUGGAGGGGAUCCCAUGGCACCUGCAGGCAGCCCUGGUUACCAUGGUGAUGGGCCCCCAUCUUACUAUGACAAUGAGGAGUUCACCAACUCUGGCUUUGAGGACAAGACCAUCCGGCAAGCCUUCAUCAGAAAAGUCUUCAUGGUUCUCACAGUGCAGCUGCUGGUCACUUUCUCUUUCGUUGCCGUCUUCACCUUUGUGGAUGAGGCCAAGUUCUUUGUGCGACGUAAUCCAUGGACAUACUAUGUGUCCUAUGCGGUCUUCUUUGUGUCUCUGAUCGUCCUCAGCUGCUGUGGAGACUUCCGCCGCAAGCACCCCUGGAACCUUGUUGCACUGUCCAUCCUGACCCUGAGCCUCUCCUACAUGGUGGGCAUGAUUGCAAGCUUUUAUGACACAGAGACUGUCAUCAUGGCUGUGGGCAUCACUGCUGUGGUGUGCUUCACUGUCGUCCUCUUCUCACUACAGAGCAAGUAUGACUUCACUUCCUGCCGGGGCGUGCUCUUCGUGUGCCUGAUAGUGCUGUUGCUCUUCUCCAUCCUCUGCAUCUUCAUCCGCCACAGGAUCCUCCACAUCGUCUAUGCCUCCCUGGGGGCCCUGCUCUUCACCUGCUUCUUGGCUGUGGAUACUCAGCUUCUCUUGGGCAACAAGAAGUUGGCUUUGAGUCCAGAGGAAUACAUUUUUGCUGCCCUCAACCUCUACACUGACAUCAUCAACAUUUUCCUCUACAUCCUCGCUAUUGUGGGACGCUCCCGUGAAUGAAGCUGCACCUUCAACUGAACAGAAGGGAGAAAGAAAAAGCCUCCCUGUGUCAUAAAAUCCCACUAACAUCCCCAUAUUUUCUCCUUUGAGAUUUUCCUUCACAUGAUUUUGAGUUAUUUUUUAACCAGGUAGUUGUGCUGUGAAUGAGAUGCAGUAUGUCAUAAAAUGCAGCUGAGAGGGUCACUAUUUAUUCAACAUAAAUAUUUGUUGCUAAUGACAAAGUAAACAAAUGUGUGAUCCCCUCAAUUUAGACCACUCUGCUUGCUGUAACUGUCCCCUGCUUCUACUAACACACAAGGCUACAUAAUGUCUACAUUACCUACCCUCUAACUUCCAGUAUGGCUCUGCACAUGCAGUAUAAACACAUUAUCCUGUGGGUGCUUGGCACUCCGCCUUGUCUUGCUGCAGAGAUGAAAGAGAAAAAGAAUAGAAAAGGUAUCAAUAGUGCUUGGUAUUGACGUAAACCAGCUUUGCCCGAAGAGAAGAAGUUAGUGCUAGAAAUAAACACCACCUUAAAUCUGUCUUUUUCUCAAACUUAACCCUCCCCUUUCAGCCUGCUGGUGUAAAGUAACUGCAUGGCAACACUGGAGACACAACUAAAGAUGUGUUCAAGUUCUUUACAACUAUCAGAGGAGUAACUCUAGCUUGCUUGUCACAGCUGUAAAUAGUUAAGUGUAUUAUUGUAUAUGAUGCCAAUACCCCUGCCCCUGAAAGGCAUGCUGGAGUGAUUCAUAUGGAUAUGUUGCUUUUUGGGGAAAAAUAUGCUCUGAUAUCAGAACUUUGUUCACCCAGUACAGUAACUAUAAUCUUUUAAUGGCAAAAGAAUGAAGAUAAAUGUUGGAUGUAUGACACACAUAAAGCUAUAUAUAUUCUUACAGAAUAUCGUUUUAGGAAAGAAGGACAUUUUUAUUUUGAAAUUGUUUGUAUGACUCACUUUUUUCCUUUUUUAUUGACCUCAUUAAUUUCCUCUCACCUGGCAUUUAAUGUGAAGUGACAAUUUAGUGCUGUUUUUUUUGUUUUGUUUUUUGCUUUAACACUAAUGUGAAAUAUUAAUAGAAGUACUGGAAUUUCUGACAACUUUUGAUGCGAGCUAAUCAGAACUGAUGACACAACAGACUUGAAAGACAUACUUAUCUAUUUAUUGAGGUUGAUGUAGAUAACAGGGUUGCAAUAAGCUAGUCUUGAGGAAACAAAUCCAGAUUAUAUUUAAGAAACAUAAAAAACUGGAUUUCUAUCAUUUCUUUAGCUGUUACUCACCGGUUACACUUAGGUAAACAUUGUGAAACAGACAUAAGAAACCAACAUGCACUGGAAUCCUUGACACUCAACGCUGAUCUUGAAUGAUACAUUGAACAUAAACCCUUUUUGUGUAAGUUCCAUUUUGAUUUUUCACAUCUUGCAUGACCCUCUUUGGUUUUUGCAUGUGCUGAGAAUGCAAACUUUACAGGUAAACCUAUUUUGGAGAGAGACAGUGUUGUUUGGCAGCCCUGUUAGACUUUUUUUAAGUCUUGUGUUUGUAUCUAACUUAAUGUGUAAGUGUAUAUAGAACUCCAUAGUGGUUUGAUGUGUAUAGAUAAAAUAACUUUGGGGCUUUCGAGGUCUGUUUGCACUGUAUAUUUGCAUUAAAUUGAAGUAGAACCGCAUUCCUCUACACUGCUGUUCGCUUUUCAUUAAAACUGAUACAAUGUAAAA